UGAUGAAGGCAAGAUGUGCAAGAGGUGGUUAAAAGCUUCAGAAACAAGUCGGACCUUGCACUGAGGUUUGUGGUUCAAAAACAACGGCAGCUGUGGUCUUGUAUUUCAGACAGGUGAUGAAGAGUUGUCAGAAACCCCCAGUUCAACUUUUAAGUACAUCAUAUAUUUUUUCACCAUUUACUGUUAUAACCUAACAUGUUGAAACAUUUAGCAACAUUUUUAUAUCAUAUUGCAAUAAUGCAGUUUAUUGCUUUUACUGUUUGUAGAUAUCAUACAACUUAUUAUUGGUAAUGAAAUAUUCAAGUUGUGUAUAUUUAGUCUCUGUGUCAUUGUUUGUUUUGUCUUGUUUCCAAAGAGAACAUCUUCACACCAUCUCAAGUUAAAAUAAUGAUGACACCACUGACCUUUACUUGAUAUUGUCAUCUUACUGCAGUGGCAAACUGUUUGUUUGUGGUCAGAUCUCUUCCCUUGUCAUAUAGAGUCAUGUAGCUCCUGUUGUAGAGGCAAAUAUAUUCUCUGAAUCACCUUAAAUACUCUUAAAGCCAUUUUUAUGUUGUUGGUUUGUUUGUCUUUUUGAGUAUACGGUAUAUCAGCCAACAACUGACCUUUUCUAAUCUCCUCAUUAAAAACAAGACUACAAAGAAAAUUUAAGAAAGUCCUAUUUGUGCGUUGAACAAAUGGCACAAAGCAACAGUGAUCAGUGAGAAAGAAACAGAGGGAACUGUAUACAAAAGAACAUAUUAUCAAAGAGGAAAAACAAUUCCAACAUUCAUUUGUUUGGAGGUUUUACUUUUGAGAUUACUUUUCUUUGAGUUUCUGUAGUUUUGUUUGUUCAUACUGACACAAUGUGUCAAUCAUUUGAGACUCGCCCCAACUUUUGAGAGUAAAACAUGUAAUUUAUCUCUUCCUACGUGCUCAACUAAAAUGAAUGAUAAUGAUCUGAUUACUGAAAGGCAAGAAAGGGAAGUGAGUUGCUGUGGUAAGCAGAUUAAUAUAACAGAAAAGAAGGAGUUUACACAAGCCAUCAGUGCAGUUCUCACACUUACACACUUUAGUAGAACUUAGGUGGUAAAAAUAUUUUGAGUUUGUCUUUAAAGAGGAGUCUGAGAUGACUUUGGACGAUGAGAACCAACCUGAUGCUUCAUCCAGGGAAAAAAAACUCUACCGACUGGUUGCUGUGAGCUUUGGACUCCUGUGUGUCCUACAAGCUGCUCUCAAUAUUUCCCUGCGUCUCGCUCUCUAUAAUUCUGAAAGUAAGACAACAGGUAUUGAGGCCGGAUGCAAAAACCUGACUGAAGAAAGGGACGAGUUGAAGAAGAAUCUGACUGACUUUGCUUUACAGCUGAAUUCCCUGACUGCAGAGAGAGACGAGCUGAACAGGGAGCUGAAUAAUUCUGCUUUACAGCUGAAUUCUCUGAUUGGAGAGAGAGACGAGCUGAAGAGGGAACUGAAUUUUUGGGUUCACUAUUCCAAACAAGGAUGGAGGUAUUUCAGUGGUAGUGUCUGUUAUAUUUCUUCAAUCAAGAAAACCUGGAAUGCCAGUAGAGAUGACUGUCGGCAAAAAGGUACUGACCUGAUGAUUAUCAACAGCGAAGAAGAGCAGGAUUUCACAAGACAAUUGAAGAAUAACAUGUGGAUUGGACUGACUGACAGUGAGACAGAGGGGACGUGGAAAUGGGUUGAUGGGACUCCACUGACCACAAGCUACUGGAUGGAUGGUACUGAUGCCAGCUGUAAAAAAGGAGAGAGACAAUAUGAAGAAGAUCAACUUGGGUGUCAUGAUAAAACUUCUCCAAUAACCAGGAUUAAAUGGGAUACGAGUUAUAAACACCUGACUGCAGAGAGAGAUGAGCUGAACAGGGAGCUGAAUAAUUCUGAAUUCACAAACAACCUGAGCACAUGCAUCCCUCCACCACAGCAUCCUGUCUUUUUCUCUCAUUUGUACCUUCCCGUCCCAUCUUCUUUGGUUACCUCCGCUCCUCCUAUUCCAACGCCAACCGUCUCAGCCACACAGAGCGUGCCCACAGCUACAAUCCAAGGUGAUGCUACAGAGACCAGUCUGUCAAACUCAACAGUCAUCGGCCUCCUCCAGGACGGUGAUGAGUCUGCAUACAGACGGGAGGUUGAACAGCUGACCCUCUGGUGUGGUCAGAACAACCUGGAGCCUAACACGAUCAAACCUGUGGAGAUGACAGUGAACUUUAAGAGGAGCCCUUCAACUCUGCCCCCCAUCACCACGCCCAACAGCCCUGUGUCUGCUGUGGAAACCUUCAGGUUUUUGGGAUCCACAAUCUCCCAGGACCUCAAGUGGGAGUCCAACACAGACACCAUCAUCAAGAAGGCCCAGCAGAGGUUGUUGUUCUUACUGCAGGUUGUACUUCCUGCACUCAGGAAUCUACAGAGCGCUGUACGCCAACACAAACAGACCCAGAAACAGUUUCUACCCACAAGCCAUCACUCUGAUGAACAGUGAACUACAGACACACAGUGUCAGGAACAAUCCCUGUACAAUGACACUGGGACUCUAGUAAU